CGACGCGGCGACGCCGGCCUCCGGGGAGGCGCGCGCCCCGCGGAGAUGUACGGUGUGUGCGGCUGCUGUGGCGCCCUUCGCCCCAGGUACAAAAGGCUGGUUGACAACAUCUUCCCUGAGGAUCCCGAGGAUGGCCUGGUGAAGACCAACAUGGAGAAGCUGACCUUCUAUGCCCUGUCGGCUCCAGAAAAGCUAGAUCGGAUCGGCGCCUACCUCUCCGAGAGGCUCAUCCGUGAUGUGGGCCGUCAUCGAUACGGGUACGUGUGCAUCGCCAUGGAGGCGCUGGACCAGCUGCUCAUGGCCUGCCACUGUCAGAGCAUCAACCUCUUCGUGGAGAGUUUCCUCAAGAUGGUGGCCAAGCUGCUGGAGUCAGAGAAGCCCAAUCUGCAGAUCCUCGGCACCAACUCGUUUGUGAAGUUUGCCAACAUCGAGGAGGACACCCCAUCCUACCACCGGAGUUAUGACUUCUUUGUGUCCCGAUUCAGUGAAAUGUGCCACUCCAGCCACGAUGACUUGGAAAUCAAGACCAAAAUCCGGAUGUCAGGCAUCAAAGGUCUGCAAGGGGUGGUGAGGAAGACAGUGAAUGAUGAAUUGCAGGCCAAUAUCUGGGACCCGCAGCACAUGGACAAGAUUGUCCCGUCACUGCUUUUCAAUCUGCAGCAUGUGGAGGAGGCAGAGAGCCGGUCUCCCUCUCCCCUCCAAGCACCAGAGAAGGAAAAGGAGAACCCAGCAGAACUGGCUGAGCGGUGCCUGCGGGAGCUGCUGGGCCGGGCUGCCUUUGGCAAUAUCAAAAAUGCCAUCAAGCCUGUUCUCAUCCAUCUGGAUAACCAUUCUCUUUGGGAACCCAAGGUGUUCGCCAUCCGUUGCUUUAAAAUCAUCAUGUACUCAAUUCAGCCGCAGCACUCGCACCUGGUUAUCCAGCAGCUCCUGAGCCACCUGGACGCCAACAGCCGCAGCGCGGCGACCGUGCGCGCGGGCAUCGUGGAGGUCCUGUCGGAAGCUGCGGUUAUCGCAGCCACCGGCUCAGUCGGGCCCACGGUGCUGGAGAUGUUCAACACUCUGCUGCGGCAGCUGCGGCUCAGCAUCGACUACGCGCUGACCGGGAGCUACGACGGGGCCCUGAGCCUGGGCACCAAGAUCAUCAAGGAACACGAGGAGCGCAUGUUCCAGGAAGCGGUCAUUAAGACCAUCGGCUCCUUUGCCAGCACGUUGCCCACUUACCAGCGCUCCGAGGUGAUCCUCUUCAUCAUGAGCAAGGUCCCUCUGCCUUCCCUGCAUCAUGCCAUAGAGACCGGGAGGACCGGGGAGAACAGGAAUAGGCUGACCCAGAUUAUGCUGCUGAAGUCCCUCCUGCAGGUGUCCACAGGUUUCCAGUGCAGCAACAUGAUGUCAGCUCUGCCCAGCAACUUCCUCGACCGCCUUCUCUCCACCGCCCUCAUGGAGGAUGCAGAAAUUCGCCUCUUCGUUCUGGAGAUUCUCAUCAGUUUCAUUGAUCGUCAUGGCAACCGCCACAAGUUCUCUACCAUCAGUACCCUCAGUGACAUCUCAGUCCUGAAGCUGAAAGUGGACAAGUGCUCCCGACAGGACACUGUCUUCAUGAAGAAGCAUUCCCAGCAGCUCUAUAGGCACAUCUACCUGAGCUGUAAGGAGGAGACGAACAUCCAGAGGCACUACGAGGCCCUCUACGGCCUGCUGGCGCUCAUCAGCAUCGAGCUGGCCAACGAGGAAGUGGUGGUGGACCUCAUCCGCUUGGUGCUGGCUGUUCAGGAUGUGGCCCAGGUCAAUGAAGAGAACUUGCCUGUGUACAACCGCUGUGCGCUCUACGCUCUGGGUGCAGCCUACCUGAACCUCAUCAGCCAGCUGACGACGGUACCUGCCUUCUGCCAGCACAUCCACGAGGUGAUAGAGACCAGGAAGAAGGAAGCUCCAUACAUGCUCCCUGAGGAUGUGUUUGUGGAGAGGCCCAGGCUGUCUCAAAAUCUCGAUGGCGUGGUCAUAGAGUUCCUCUUCCGCCAGAGCAAGAUCAGUGAAGUCCUGGGGGGCAGUGGCUACAAUUCAGACAGGCUCUGCCUACCCUACAUCCCUCAGCUAACAGAUGAAGAUCGCUUAUCCAAGAGAAAGAGCAUUGGAGAGACCAUUUCCCUGCAGGUGGAAGUAGAAUCAAGGAACAGUCCAGAGAAGGAGGAGCGAGUGCCGGCCGAGGAGAUCACCUAUGAGACGCUGAAGAAGGCCAUUGUGGACAGUGUAGCCGUGGAGGAACAGGAGCGCGAGCGGCGACGACAGGUGGUGGAGAAAUUCCAGAAGGCACCCUUCGAGGAGAUUGCAGCCCACUGCGGGGCCCGGGCAUCGCUGCUGCAGAGCAAGCUCAACCAGAUCUUUGAAAUCACCAUUCGGCCCCCUCCGAGCCCAUCAGGAACCAUCACCGCAGCCUACGGCCAGCCACAGAACCAUUCCAUCCCCGUCUAUGAGAUGAAGUUCCCCGACCUGUGCGUAUACUGAAUUCCAAGACCUGGAGCCCCUCCGAGGAACAGGGUCUGGGGGAGGGGCUCACCUUCACACCCACCCCUACCUUGUGGAAAUGUAGCUGGGAUCUCUGAAAAACAGUCACCUUGGAGGGCGACCAGCUAAGCAAAGGUGGCGCCUCUGGGCCUUCCCUGGCCCUUCAUGGCCCUCCUGCCUCUGCCUUGUCUUCCCUGAGGGAGAUCCAGCCACCUGCCCCUCUGGGGCCAAUAAGCAUAUCACCUGCACCUUUUGUCUUCUCUUUUGUGUCGGCCAGGGACAGAGAAUCAUGGGGGCAUCUGCAGGGAGAAGCUGAGAGGUCUUGGAAGGUCCCGCUUGGUAUGUGGGGUGAAAGGCUUCUAUUGGGGCUGUGUCUGUGGGAGCACAUCUCAUCUCCUGAGGAGAGAAGUAGAAGGGGACUUGGUUGGUCCAAGGAAGCCAUCCCUAAUCGGCACUUGGAGGAACCAAGGAAUGCUCCCCUUAUAGAGAAGUGACCAUGUCAGAGGUGGGAGAUGGUAGCAGUUACCCCAAGCAGCUUUCUUCCUCCUGUACUCGAGUCUUGAGCGUCUUCCAUGGUCUUGUCCACCCUUCAGCUGUCCAUGUUUCUUUCUACUAUUAAUGAAUUCCAAGUCCUUCUAGGGUGGAAAUACCCUGGGGGACAGCAAAGGUAGAGGGAAGGGUGGGCAGGCUGGUGAUAGAAGGGCUGGUUCUUCCAGAUCGGGCAGCAGGCUGCUGCAAGGACCUGCCUCCUAUCUUGGACAGGACAAGCAGGGCAAGUCCUAUCCUUGUGUAGCAUGGUCUCACCUCCUCCUUUUCUUCAGAGGGGGCUUCUGGUGUCCCUCCAUGGUUCUGUCUUCUGGAUGUUUCUCUGAAUUAGUCAUGUUCUCUCUUUGAUGUCUUUUUCCAAGGAACUCAAGACAUUUCCAAGCCUCUGGGUUGAGGGAAGGUAGAACAAGAUAAUCUGAUUCUUGAUGACCCAAAAAAGGGAAGGAAGCCCAGAGGCCUGCCCCGGCCACCUUCCAUGGAAGAGGCUUCCAGCCUGGGCCAGGGGAGAAGAGGGGGGAAUGGGACAAGUGGCACUUUGGGGCUCAAGGAUGUCUGAAAUUAACCUUAGGGAUGUUCCUUUUGAGCAAAGAGGGAUCUAUCUCCUAAUAUUGGAAUGAUUUCUUCACUCUUUGGACAAAGUCUGGGACAUGAGUGCCAACAGACCUUGCUUGUAUGCUGGGGAAAAAUGGUAGAGACCCCAUUAGGUUCUGGGAUUCAUUUUCCCCAAGUCUUGCCUGCCUGACCCUGUGUGACUUGCAUGCUCAGAGCCAGGCAGGGCAUAAAGGAGGCCACUUGCUGCCUCCUCUCUGCCUGUGCUUCCCCAUCCCACCUCCAGGUACCUUUAUUCCUCCUGGGGUGUCCCUGGCAGAUUCCUACCUGGGUCUUCUCUACUGGAAGCACCCAUGGUCGAAGGAGCCCUUUCCUUUCGAAGGAAAGGAAAGCACCCAUGGUCGAAGGAGCCAAACUUUCCACAACUCUUCUGUGCUGAUGUAACACACAGGAAGGUGUGAACGGUCAAACGUUCGCUCCCUGGAGAAUUUACUUUUUAAAGAAAUGGAGGGAGAAUCGAUUUAUUGACUUAAAGGAAUCACUUUUUAGGGUAUACUUUUAGACAGUGUGGCAUGGGGUCAUAAGGGGAGGGCAGGAUGCCCUCAGAUCUCACCCCUGCGCAGGGCCCUGUGUAGACACAUAGUGAGAGCCUCGUCAUUAGGGCAGAUAGGCACCUAUUCCAAAAUUGGGAAAAACUUAGCACAUGCAGUUUCUCAUUGUGUGUGCAGUAAAUAUUGUCAUGGGGCUGUUGGACCCUCAUCCCUGUAGUUUCCACACUAUGGAUGCAGCUCUUCUCCAUGGCCACCACCCCAUGCUGUGGGCACGUGUCUUUUGCAUGGCCUGCAUGAUCUCAGGCCCAGGGGGUGAGGCUUCUGUUCCCCGAUGGGUUUUUAACUCUGUUCUGCUGCUUUUGGCUUGUGAUCAACCCAACUUUGCAAGCAUGAACUUAGAUUUCUCUUUAAUAUCUCUAUAUUAAGAAAUCAUGUUUAAAAUAACUUUAAACAAACUUAAAAGUUUAACUUUAAAGUUUUUUUUUUUUAAAGUAACCUUUGGAAGAAACAUUAAAGAAAACCUAAACCUUGAACCACAAACAUGCCUUUCCUCACCACACCAGAUCUCCUCAUCAUUCAGACCCUCUGUUUCUUUCUUGUUCCCAUGCAGCCUUAGGGUCCACCCCCAUGGCAAUUGCUCCUGGUUCUGAGCCUUGGGAGUCAUUUCCCUGGAGUUUCUUUCUAGAGCCAGUUUCAGAACCAGAGACCUGUAGGUCUACUCAGAUGUCUGUCCCUCACCAGCCUCCUGAGAAUAGAAAAAAAAAGGCACAGGGUUUCCUUUCUAAAGAGACACCUCUGCUCUUUCAUCUUCAUUGAUCCAAGGCAGAUUUUUCUUUACACCUUGCUGCUUUUGGAGACCUGGCUGUUUCUUGUGUGUCUCAGUUUCAGUUUCAGUUUACACUCAGUGGAGUAUUAGUUUGCCUGCUGGUGUGGGGUAGAAUCUGGAUCUUAGCCAAGUAUGCCUUAGAAUCAGAGAGUUUAAGGUGAAUGCUAACUUGGACAAAAAUUUAGUGAAUGCAGAAGUGUCCACCACUGCAUGUCAAGGCCUGGGAAGGAGGCAGAGCAGAGUUGGGUGGGGUCAAGAGGGAGGAACCUGGUGCCUUGACUUAUCGUCCCGGCACCUGCCUUUCAUGUCCUCUGGCAUGGCAGCACUCUCUCAUGCCUCUUUUUGCUGUCCUCUCUCACAUGAGCUUGAAUCAAGAGAAGGCAGCAAGCUCAUUCAAUCCAGCUGCCCCAAAUGCUUCUGAGAACUCUAGCUUUGUGACCAAGGUAGCAUGGUUGUCAUCAGCUGGUAGAACUUAAUAGGCAUGAAUGUAUUUGAGAUUUGCAGGUUCUGUUAAUUUGGUUGAGUCAUAAAAGCACAAGGAGCAGAUGAGUGGAAAUCACCUGUGUAUUCCUAGGGCAUCUUCUAUUUUCCUUGCCCUGGGACCUCCAAUGCCUGGGCCUGUUCCCAUUUUCUCUGAAGACUAGAAAUAAGUGGUUUCUUGACUCCUAAAUGGCCUCCUCAACAGAGAAGGAGCCCAAGUAGGUCAGGAGAAGAACCAGAAAAGUCCUCAGAUACUCCCUUCUGUUUAAAGCCCCACCCAUCCACAAAUGCAAAUGGAUGAGCGGGGAAAGUGGGGCCUGGGACCAACGAAUGUACUCAAAGGAACCCAAUGUCAUACAUGCGCUGCUCUUUGUCCUGGAUGUUCUGGGUCCAAGACACUAAACUGGAGUAGGAGUCAGAACAGUCUUAGGUUUCCUUUAAAUGGCAGACCUCUGGGCUUGGGGGCUCCUGGUUCACCAGGCCUUCCAGUUGCCAUUCUGCUGUCCCCAGGCCUUCUAACCUGGCUAUGCAAAGUGCUAUUGAAAAGUGAGACUACUUUUCCCAAUUCCUCCUCAUGACCAGAAAAUGGCAGCUGGCCAGUUUAGUGCCAUGUUUUAAGGUGUGCAGGGAGGUUGUCUCAUCAGGGCAGGCCACGCCUGCUUCCUGUGUCCCUGAGCCCUGGGAGGCCGAUCAUUCGAAACAAGACAUCACUUAUAUCUGGGGAGAAGGCUCAGGGCCUCUUCAUCCCAUUGGCCCUAGAAAUUUUCUGGUUACUGUGACCCUUAACCCCAAGCUCAGUGUAGAUCUGAAGACUGCAGAAGGAGAUUCAUGGCAGGCCCUUCCUGAGGCCUGGCUGGCUGCAGCAAUGGUGAGAAGGAGCCACUGGGCAGGGGGAAGGGCUUUGUGGCCAGAAGGAAAUUUUCUGUGCUCUCUUUGGACAUCAACCUGAUAGUUCAGGGCUUCUCUCCUCCAGCGGACCAUAGGGCUACCCAAGUCCCGUCAACUUGCCCUUUUGCGCUACUCCUCCAUGACUGUGGAGUCAGGCAUAUGGAGUGCAGAGUUGUAAAUCUACAAAUGCUGCAGCCCGUACAUUAACAUCUGUGUCCAUUUAGACCUUCAACACCUGGCUGAGUGUGUGUGCCCAUGUGUGCAUGUGUGUAAUGUAGUUCAUAGUUGAUAAUAUAUGUAUAUAACAGCUGACAUAUUUAUAUGUGAGUGCAGAAUUAGUGCCUGUGGCAGUUUUCUGUAUUUUAAAUUUGUUGAAUCAAAUUAGUUUUAUUUUAGGGAAGGGAGGAAAGGGGAAUGGGGGGGGGGAACGUAGGAAGGAUUCUUAGCAAAAUCAUUCUUUAGGAUUAUUAGUUGCCAUCUCCCAAUGAGCCUUCAUGAUGCCCUUUUCAAAUAAAUGUUAAUGUUGUCAUUA